AUGAAGCCGAGGAUUCCAAACGUGGAUCUGUCAGAUUGGUGCAACUGGCGCGGGGCAGUGCGGCAUCACAACAGUGAUCCUUUGCCCGAGGACUUGGUUGAGGCUGAGUGCCACAUGGAAAUUGCUGCCAUGUACAACGAGGGCCGCAUCACCUUGCGUCCGGAUGAGCCACGAGGACCUCCCGGGCCGAAGGAGGUGGAGUCGGCUGUCUUCCACCUUGUGGAGGCUGCGCGCCAGGACCUCCCAGAGGCGCUCUUGGCUCUGGCACGGCUGUGCUCCGGGGAAAAGUCAGACUUCCUUCCACAGGUGAAAGGCUUUGAACGAGAAAGCUUGCGGGGACUCUUGGCGAGAGCGGCCACACUGGGCGCCAGGCAUGCCAUGGCCUCCCUUGCAGAUUUGGUCCUCCGAGACUCCACUUCCAGUGUAGAAGAGCUGCAGCUGGCCAGCGAUCACCUUGAGGCGUUUGCAGAAGACAUCCUCGAGGAACGCCGUUUGAAAGCAGCCAAAGCGCAGGAGGAGUCUGAGGAAGAAGAGGAGGAGGAGGAAGAGGAAGAAGAGGAGAUGGACCAGGAACACAAUCGCCUUCACCGUCGGAACUUUGGAUGGGAUGCCCAUGGCUAUGACGCUUCAAGCGCUCUUCGCCGCGCAGCAGAGCUUUUUGAAGGCCCGUUAGCGCAGGUUCCAGACGCAGCAAGUCAAGCAUCCAUCCUGCGUAAACGCAGCGAAGCUGCAAAAGCCAGCUGA